CGGGAAAAUCCGAGGGGCCUUCCCGCCCGCCGCCUCUUUCUGCCCUCGUGCGCCUGCCUAGUCAGCUCGCUGUGAUGGAGGAGGAGGAGGCGGCCGAGGAGCAGCAGCGAUUCUCUUACCGGCAGAGGCUAAAGGCAGCAGUUCACUACACUGUUGGCUGUCUUUGCGAGGAAGUUGCAUCGGACAAAGAGAUGCAGUUCAGCAAACAAACCAUUGCAGCGAUUUCGGAGGUGACUUUUCGACAGUGCGAAAAUUUUGCCAAAGACCUUGAAAUGUUUGCAAGACAUGCAAAAAGGAGCACAAUUAACACUGAAGAUGUGAAGCUCUUAGCCAGGAGGAGUAAUUCAUUGCUAAAAUAUAUCACUGAGAAAAGUGAAGAGAUCGCUCAGGUUAACCUAGAACGAAAAGCAAAGAAGAAAAAGAAGUCAGAGGAUGAAAACAAAGAUUCAUUGGAGCCAGCAGAGGCUGGAGUAGUGGAAAGUGAGAAUUAACCUCUGUCACCACUGGAAAAAGCAGCCUUCAGCAGCAUAUACAGGAAAUGGCAGAAAUAAAGAAGAACAGCCUAUUGACUUUCCUUGCUUGGUUGUACGAGUGGACCUCCCAGGACAGUGCAGUGCCAUUUAUAGGAGGGGAAGCCAGAGGGGUGUCCAGACGGCAGGAAGUCCCGCCCCUUCAACAGUCCACGCCCCAAGAUAAAACGCCCUGCAAGAAUUUCUUCUGGAAGACCUUCUCCUCCUGCAAAUAAAACACUACCUGUGAUUACUCAUGGGAAGAAGCGUAGCGAUGGAUCUGAAUAAAAUGUAUUAAGCAGC